UUUAACCUGUGGCCAGGGAUGCAGUCGCGCUUGUCAUCAUCAAAAUGUGUGGGAUGCGACCUACGACCUAGAACGAGAAUAAAUUACCAUUAAGUGAAUGCUGUGAUAACGACACCAGCAGUUUUCUGUCACAGGUAUAAAGACACUCGUUGACGCACUAAAUAUACGGCUUCCGAUGUCCCAAAUCUCCGAGAAGAUUUGUCUCUCACGCAGUCUAUGGUGAGGUGAGUGGAUACCUUGUUUUGACAACUUCCAUCCAAAGGUUUAGGAGAAUAAGAAGAACCAACCUAUGAUAAGGUGAUGGGGAGGCUGAAACACAUUGAUGCAUUUAUGCAGGCACUGUAUUGCUGUCUUAUUUACUGUUUUACGCACAAAGACCAUUGGGAGUUUUGCAAUAUUACGGACGUAUUUUCAGUGGAAUAGCCAGCUCAUGUAGCCCGAAUAGUGAAUUUUAUUGGAAGUCAUGCUACUCCAGCAUUACUGUGGUUUCUUGGACAAUAGAACAUGUAUUUACACAUUACCCGGGAAAAAGUGAAUUCUCAAUUAUAACAGAGAAAUUAAACUCCGACCAGAUCCAGUGAAUAACUCAAUAUCAGAAAUCUCUGUUCGCCCAUAUUUUCUCCUGCAUUAGUGCUUGUGAAACAAAGCAAAUCCAAAGAUACCCUUUCAGAUCAGUGACGAACCACAUCAAAAAUAUACAGUAUGUCCAGAACGCUGAAAAAGAAGAAACAUUGGUCCAGCAAGGUGCAGGAGUGUGCUGUGUCAUGGGGAAGCCUCGGAGAAUUCGGCAAUGUGGUGGAGGUGCUGGGGGGUGCUGAACACGGAGAGUUCCCUUACCUGGGCCAGAUGAAGUUGGAUGUGAUGUUGUGCCACGUCGGUACAAUGCCCUAUUUCGGUGACGUUUUGUUGGAGAUCAACGGAACACCCGUCAGUGGACUUACAAACCGCGACACGCAUGCUGUCAUUCGCCACUUUCGGGAGCCCAUUCGUUUGAAGACCGUCAAACCAGGGAAGGUUCUGAACACAGACCUGCGCCACUACCUAAGCCUGCAGUUCCAGAAGGGCUCGUUGGAUCACAAGUUGCAGCAGGUCAUCCGAGACAACCUCUACCUGCGCACCAUCCCCUGCACCACACGGCUGCCCAGAGAAAGGGAGGUACCGGGUGUGGACUACAACUUCAUCAGCGUGGGAGACUUCCGUAUCCUGGAGGGGAGUGGCCUUCUGCUGGAGAGUGGAACCUACGAUGGUAACUACUAUGGGACCCCAAAGCCCCCAGCGGAGCCCACCCUGGUACAGCCUGACCUGGUGGAUCAGGUGCUGUUUGAUGAGGACUAUGACAACGAGGUCCAGCGAAAACGCACCACGUCAGUCAGCAAGAUGGACAGGAAGGACAGCGUGGUCCCUGAGGAAGAAGACGAUGAUGAGAGGCCACCUCUGACCAACGGCCUCCCAGCAUAG